AUGGAGAAUCUCUCAUCAGACAAGGUGACCAUCAACAACCCAGCAGACAUCGCCAUCAUCAUUGGAUAUUUCGUCAUGGUCAUCAGUGUCGGCAUUUGGUCCAUGUUUCGGACCAAUCGUGGGACAGUUGGAGGAUAUUUCCUGGCAGGGCGGACGAUGACCUGGUGGCCGGUCGGUGCUUCUCUGUUUGCUAGUAACAUCGGCAGUGGUCACUUUGUGGGCUUGGCAGGCACUGGAGCAGCUAGCGGCAUCGCUGUGGGAGGGUUUGAGUGGAAUGCUCUUUUCAUUGUGCUGCUGCUGGGCUGGCUGUUUGUACCUGUCUACCUCACAGCUGGGGUGAUCACCAUGCCCCAGUACUUGAAGAAGAGGUUCGGUGGGACCAGGAUAAGCCUCUACCUCUCUGUUAUCUCGCUGUUCCUCUACAUUUUCACCAAGAUCUCAGUGGAUAUGUUUUCAGGAGCUGUGUUUAUCCAGCAGGCUUUAGGGUGGAACAUCUAUGUAGCCGUCAUCGCCCUUUUGUUAAUAACAGCCGUCUACACUGUUACAGGUGGCCUGGCUGCUCUAAUGUACACUGACACAGUUCAGACUUUUGUCAUCGUUGCCGGGGCCUUUGUCCUCACUGGCUUCUCGUUUGCUGAAGUAGGAGGCUACAGCGCUCUGCUGGCCAAAUACAGCUCUGCCAUGCCAAGUAAUUUCUCUUCCGUGGACCCCCACCGCUACAACAUCUCCUCCCAGUGCUACACCCCCAGACAGGACUCCUUCAGCCUGCUGAGGGACCCGACCACAGGCGACCUGCCCUGGCCUGGGGUGCUGUUUGGGAUUGCCAUAGUGGGAGGCUGGUACUGGUGCACGGACCAGGUGAUAGUGCAGCGAUGCCUUGCAGCUCGUAGUCUGACCCAUGUGAAGGCCGGCUGCAUCAUGUGUGGCUACCUCAAACUGCUGCCUAUGUUCCUCAUGGUGUUUCCCGGCAUGAUCAGCAGGGUCCUCUACCCUGAUGAGGUUGCCUGUGUUGUCCCUGAACUGUGCAAGCAGGUGUGUGGGACUGAGGUGGGCUGCUCCAACAUUGCUUACCCUAAACUGGUGGUGUCAGUCAUGCCCAAUGGUUUGCGAGGUCUGAUGCUGGCUGUGAUGUUAGCUGCUCUUAUGUCCUCUUUGGCCUCCAUCUUUAACAGCAGCAGCACUUUGUUCACCAUGGACAUCUGGACUCGCAUCAGACCACAGGCCACAGAGCGGGAGCUCAUUAUUGUGGGCAGAGUCUGGGUGCUAUGUAUCGUAGCCGUCAGUAUCUGCUGGAUCCCAGUGGUCCAGGCGGCUCAGAGCGGUCAGCUGUUUGAUUACAUCCAGUCCGUCUCAAGCUACCUGGCUCCCCCUAUAGCCUCUGUCUUCUUCUUGGCUGUGUUUGUUAAGAGGGUCAACGAAACGGGUGCCUUCUGGGGCCUGAUCGGGGGUCUGAUGAUGGGUCUUUGUCGAAUGUUGCCUGAGUUCUGGUUUGGUACUGGCAGCUGUAUUUUCCCCUCUAAAUGCCCAUUCUUGGUGUGUGGGAUCCAUUACCUCCACUUUGCAAUCAUACUGUUCUUCUGUACAGCAGUGCUGGUGCUGCUGGUCAGCUACUGCACCGAGCCCAUACAGGAUCAACAUCUCCAUCGUCUGGUGUUCAGUCUUCGCCAUUCCAAAGAGGAGAGGAAAGAUUUAGACUGGGAGCAAGAAGAGAAAGCGAGAAGAGCCCGGCGAGAGGCUAAGGAGAGGAUGAGGGAGAAUGGCGAUAGUGAUGCAGUGGCUGAGGGGGUAGAAAAGUCUGGUAUUUGUCACUUGGUUGGACGUUUGUGUGGAGGGGGCAACAGCUCCCAGGACCUGAAGCAAGAAGCACCUGAGACGACAGAGCAGAUGCCUGACAUCAGUGAGGAGCCAGUGUGGAAGUACACUGUGGAUGCUAAUGCUAUCGUCAUGAUGGCUGUAGCAGUUUUUAUGUGGGGUUACUAUGCUUAA